AUGAAAUCGCUCCAUCAAUUAGCUCGCCAGCGGGCGCUGCCUAGCCUUGUUACUCCGCGUUUCCAGAGCCCUCUCGCAAACCAGCUAUGGCAACGAAGCUUCAGUGCUACUCCAGCUGCUUCGGAAGGCGCUCGCCUAGACCCGUCAAAGCUCACCAUCACAAAAACAAGCACGCCGAAGGAGUUGCUGCCCUCAAAGGAUCUUGUCUUUGGCAAGACAUUUACUGACCACAUGUUUUCUGUCGAAUGGACCGCGAAAGAUGGCUGGCUUACUCCCCAGAUCGUCCCCUAUCAAAAACUCCAGCUGGAUCCCUCGGCUUGUGUGCUCCACUACGCGUUCGAAUGUUUUGAGGGUAUGAAGGCGUACAAAGAUAGCAAAGGUCAGAUUCGAUUGUUCCGACCCGACAAGAACAUGCAGCGCCUGAACAAGUCAUCUGCACGAAUUGCUUUACCUUCUUUUGACGGCGAAGCCCUCACCAAAAUGAUUGGAGAGCUCGUCAAACUCGACAGCAGAUUUAUUCCUGAUGCGCGAGGUUACUCAUUGUACCUGCGACCCACGAUGAUUGGCACCCAGAGCACUCUUGGUGUUGGCCCGCCAGGCUCUGCCCUUCUUUUCGUCAUUGCGAGCCCCGUAGGCCCUUACUACCCAACCGGAUUCAAGGCUAUCUCAUUGGAGGCCACUGAUUAUGCCGUGCGCGCUUGGCCUGGAGGUGUGGGAGAUAAGAAGUUGGGUGCAAACUAUGCUCCCUGUAUUGUUCCUCAGCUGGAGGCCGCUUCGCGUGGGUUCCAACAGAACCUGUGGCUCUUCGGAGAGGAAGAGUAUGUAACAGAGGUCGGCACGAUGAACCUUUUCAUUGCGCUGAAGAACAAGGAGACUGGCAAGAAAGAAUUGGUGACUGCACCCCUUGAUGGGACAAUUCUCGAGGGUGUUACCCGAGAUUCCGUGCUAGGUCUCGCCAGAGAGAGACUCGCCCCGCAAGGCUGGGAUAUUUCCGAGCGCAAAAUCAGGAUGGCAGAGCUCGCCGAGGCUGAUAAAGAAGGAAGGCUGCUAGAAGUUUUUGGAGCCGGCACAGCAGCAAUUGUCAGCCCCGUGCGGAAUAUCAGCUAUCGUGGCAAGCUGGUGAACUGUGGAUUGAAGGAGGAUGAGGAGGCGGGGGAGAUUGCUCUUCAGAUGAAGAACUGGAUCGAGGAGAUCCAGUACGGUGAUAAAGAGCACCGGUGGAGUUAUGUCCUAUAA